GAGAACUACCCACGGUUUUGUUACCCCUCUCUGUGUCUCUCAAAAAAGUUGCAAUCUCUCAAACAUCACAGAUUCAUACAUACACGUCUCCAUAUACUCUCGCGGGUGUAUGUAUUAAUACAAUACAGAGAAUUGUUGGGUUCAGCUGAAAAAGAGGAAAGAAUGGAAGGAAUAAAGAAGAGCGGUUCCUCUCCUUCUUCUCCAUCUCUAACUUCUCAGCUUUUUGGGUCCAGAGAUAAUCCUUCUUCUUCUUCUUCCUCUGGGAUUUUCGGAUCCAUUUUUGCUCAUCCUUCUAAGGUGAUGGGACAAGAGACUGUGACUGGUGGCUGGAACGACAAGUCCUCCAAGGCUGGUGGUGAUGUUGAGAAAAAACAGAUUAGAGUUUGGAUCAGUUUAUCAACAGGAACAACAAGAGAGAGUUCAACCUUGUCAUCUGAGCUCUUCCAUCUAUUACGGUGGCCCUGAUGUUUAUUUCCAGCCUCAGAGUCAGAAUUCAGCAGGCCAACUUGCUGCGGUAAUACCAAUACUUCAUUGGUUAUAUAUAUUAUUCAUGUACAAUAACUAGGUCUUGUGAACCCUUUUUUGGUGAGGUUUUAAAAGUGUUUAGAACUAACGUUAUCGUGCUUGGUCACUGGUUAUGUUGAUGAGCUAUAAUAAGGGUCUUAGUACUAAACUUAUUAUUGCUGUCGUUCAUUGACUGUUGUCUCUAAAGAAUCUAGAGUUAUCGCUCUUGUUCAGAGAUUAUUUUUGAACUAUUGGGUUAUGUUUUUUUGUUUCGUUAGCAGAAAGAAGAAAG